AUGCACCUGUUGUGUUCUCUCUUCCCACCAAUACCCACACACAUACAAAAAAAUAUAAUCUUGCUGCGAUUGAUUAAUUUGUAUUCAAGUCCCUUUUAUUAUUAUUGUUCCACUUAUUUUCGUGCUUUCCUUGCUUUCACCACUAAGGAGACUUUACAAGCUUUGUCAGCAAUUACUCCUGCUCAUAUCGACUUCUUCUCCACACUUUUCCUUAGUAUUGAGGUAGACAGUAUACAGUGUUUUCGUUUGAAAUUUUUGUAUAUCCAUUUAGUUAAGUUCAUAUUAUAA